AUGAUGAAGUAUCCAGGGCAACUCAUCCGGUUAUACUUUUCUCUGACCAUGCCACUGCGACGUGAAUCUUCUCAUAGCGGUCCAGCCGAUGAGCCGUCUACUAGUCGAGAGGCCCCGGCCAACUCUUAUUCACGAGGGGAUGAAAACUACCUUCAAUACAUCAUGCGAUUGUUACGAGCUAGACGAACAUGUCGAGAUUUCAUAGAACAAAGGGAAAAAAUGGGAGCAGGACUCGGAAGUAAUAGAUCGAGAACGUUCGAAAUGAAUAGUCUGUUAGCGGAACUAGAGCAUGGGAUUUCUGAGGAGCUAAUGAAAGCGGAAAUUCCUGGGUCACCUAGUCGUGCAGUAACGCCUUGUUCGAAUUAUCAUGGCCAUGUUGCUGCAUCUCCUACUCGCUUGUCCCCUAUAGAAGUGAAAGUAGAAGAUUCACAAGAACCGACCGACGCUCCACAUUCUCUGUCGACUGUGGGCAAUGCGGAGUCCAAUGUAGAGAAAGCUGCAAAACAGGAAGCACAAGUGAUGAUGCGAAUUGCCGAACUUCGUCGUUCUGGUUUGUGGACGGCGAGUCGUCUUCCACUUUGUGUAGCUCCCCCGCGAAAUAAAACACAUUGGGACUACGUUCUUGAGGAAAUGAAGUGGAUGGCUACGGAUUUCCGGAUGGAACGUCAAUUUAAGCGGAAUGUUGCACGAAAGAUUGCUGCUGCCAUUCAAAAACAGAAAAGAGACGAUGAGAUUGAUCAAGAGCGUGCUCAUCUGCGGUCGAUUAGGGACGGUAAAAGGAUUUGUGCCUCAAUUGCGAAAAUGGUUCGUGAUUUCUGGCAGAGUGUGGAUAAGGUGGUGGAACAUCGAGCACAGGUAUACCGAUGUCGUCUGGUGAUUUAUAAUCCUAAACCUCAAUUAUUUAUCAUUAAGGAGAUACUAGAAUCCAAGAAGCGAAAAGCCCUGGAUGCCCACAUGGCUUUUAUAGUUGGUGAAGCCGACAAACUUAGUUCUAUGGUUCAAGAAGGGUUGGCGCAAGACAAGGGAGCUUCUAGAACACCCUCAUAUACAUCUCGUGAUGAUGAUAAUGUAGAUGCGGAUUUCUGUGUAAGCGAAUCAGAGUCGGAUGACGAAAUAACCAUAGAACGUGAAGAGGCCGCUAUGCAACAACAUGAGAUUGACGAUAUUCGGGAAGAAGUUUCAGCACUUAGUAAGGACGCAGAUCAGGAUAUGGACGACUUCUUAGCUUCGUUACCACCAGAAUACUUGGCAUCAAUUGGUGUGCACUUACCGUCUAUCAGUGCUACCGGUCGAACCGAUAUACCUAUUGAUUCAGGGGGCGAUGAUGAGCACAAAGCUGUAAAAGAUAGUGCUAAUAUUCACAAUGAAAAGGUGGAACGGAACGGUAGUAGUCCAGAGGAAACUAGAGCAAAACGUCCAAAGUUGGAAGAAGCUUCAAGUAACGAUAAUGGUGCUCGUAGAAAAAGCAGUAGAGCGCGUACAUCCACAGCAACUGAAGAAGCAUUGAAAGCGGAAGAAGAUGAAGUGAGCAUCGAUGAAGAGGACUGUACAGUAAUACGUGAUCAAAAUACACAUUUGGAAGGUAACGGUGAUGGCUGUGGUAUGCUGGAAAGUGUUGAUUAUUCCAAACUCAACAGCAUCAAUAGCAACGAGCGCCAACAAGAAUUGGCCAACAUCGCAGAGGCAGCAUUGAAAUUUCAACCGAAGGGUUUCACGUUGGAGACAACACAGAUUAAAACUGCUGUGCCUUUCCUAGUUAGGGGAACAUUGCGGGAAUACCAGAUGGUGGGACUGGACUGGUUGGUCACUCUAUACGAAAAGAACCUAAAUGGAAUUCUUGCUGAUGAAAUGGGUUUGGGAAAAACUAUUCAGACGAUUGCUUUGUUAGCUCAUCUGGCGUGCUGCGAAUCCGUAUGGGGACCGCAUCUGAUUGUUGUACCAACAUCGGUCAUCUUAAAUUGGGAGAUGGAGCUUAAAAAAUGGUGUCCUGCAUUUAAAAUCCUUACCUACUUUGGUUCUCAAAAAGAUCGAGCAGAGAAACGGAGGGUUCGAUAUUUCUUACUUUCUCUGCAGGGUUGGUCAAAACCAAAUGCAUUUCAUGUAUGCGUUACUUCGUACAAGACUGUAACAGCCGACAUUCGUGCAUUCAAAAUGAAGGCUUGGCAGUACCUGAUUUUGGAUGAAGCACAAAAUAUAAAGAAUUGGAAGAGUCAGAGAUGGCAGACACUGCUAAAUGUAAAAGCACGGCGGCGGUUGCUUCUCACAGGUACUCCUCUACAAAAUUCUCUCAUGGAGCUCUGGUCUUUGAUGCAUUUCUUGAUGCCUGCCAUUUUCGCAAGCCAUGACGAUUUCAAGGAUUGGUUUAGCAAUCCGCUCACGGGAAUGAUGGACGGAAGUGUCGAGUACAGCGCGCCACUUGUGCAGCAACUGCAUAAAGUAUUGCGCCCAUUCAUAUUGAGGCGAUUGAAAAGCGAGGUGGAGAAGCAACUUCCGAAGAAAACGGAGCACGUAAUAAAAUGUCCUUUAUCUAAACGACAGAGAUAUCUGUACGAUGACUUCAUGAGCCAAAGAUCGACUCGAGAUAAGUUGAAAUCCGGAAAUAUGCUUUGUGUGCUAAACAUUGUCAUGCAGUUAAGAAAGGUUCAUUUAUUUGUCUUUAAAUUAUUCAGAAUUGUGUUCUUCAAACACUGUUUGCAGUGCUGCAAUCAUCCAAACCUUUUCGAACCGAGAGCCGUCCAGUCACCUUUGUGCCUCCAUAGGUUAGAAUUUCUUCGACCUCGGAUGGUGAUGGACCUUGACGAAAAAGUUUUUGGUCGUGACCUACCAGCGCUUCUUGAUAUACGAAAGCGAUUCACCGGUGUCUGUUCGUCAACAGUCGGGCAACCGCCAACAUUAGAAGAAUUAGAGCAGUCGAUUAACACUCGUCCGCCUAUCAUAUCUGGCUUUCGUCUACAUCGACCUAUCUCUUCAGUAGGAAUUACCACUGAGGCAAACUCAUUAGAAAUUGCGUCUGUUGUUGAUCGAAGUGUCACUGAGGUCCAACGUUCCGGCUUUUCACGAAACGAGAAUGAACUAAUGGCUGAUGGUGAAGAUUGUGAAGGUGUACAUGAAGGUGGUGAAGGAACACCAAUUUCUAUGCACAUGGAGGUAGACGAUGUUCGUUCAGUUGUUGAUUCAGACGAGUUAAAGCCCGAUGACGACACCAAGAUUUGCAAGGUGGUCACUGAAGUGAAUGGCGAAAAAACACUACGAGAGGUAUCUAGUCGUUUGGAACAGUAUUCCAAUGGAGGUAACGCGCCUGUCCCUGUAUCUCAAGUGGCCAAUCCAGCACCUGCUGAAAUUGCUGCAAUGCCAGGUGGAGAGGCCUCAACAGCAGUGAUUAACUUAGAUACAGGUUGUACUUCGAAGCCAGACAGAGUAUUGUACGGACAAAUGCCGAAGAAGUCAAGCAUAAAUGUCCACCCGUUCCUUCGGUGUUCGACAUCUGUAUCAAAAGUUCUCUCCCUGACAGUUUCGACAGUUGCAAGUGGCUUCCACUAUUCCAUGCAAAAUGGUGGCACUCACGAAUGUAAUUAUAUGAGCGAGUCCUUAGUGGAUUUAGUGUCGCGUCUUAGUCCACCCCUGAAAAGACGUCGUGACAUUUCUCCCGAUGUUGAGCUUGUAACUGGCGAAUUUGCCGACCUGGUGCCGCUCGAGUUGAAGAGUAGUCUUGAAGAGGACAUAUUUUUAUUCGGCGGUGACAGCACACUAUUUGAUAUUCGACGGAAGCUUAGUAAUUGGGUCGAGGAUACAAUGAAACGAUUUUGGAUCUGUGUUAAUCCAGCCAUUGUGGAUGCACCAAUUAUGGUCUCAUCAUCGGCAGGCUACGGCUGUCAAUCCCGCUCUGUUAAUGCUUUCCUUGAGGAUGCUUCUAGGAAACUAUUGUCUGCGAUCAAUCCUCUAACACACACAGCACUCGUAUCAGCCAAACUGCACUUUCCUGAACUCCGACUUAUUGAAUACGACUGCGGGAAACUGCAAGCCUUAGCUCGAUUGCUCCGUCGUUUAUACACUCUUAAACAUAGAUGUCUGAUUUUCACUCAAAUGUCGCGCAUGUUGGACGUCUUGCAAGCUUUUCUCUCUUAUCACGGGUAUCAGUACUUCAGAUUGGAUGGAACUACUGGUGUAGAGCAGCGGCAGGCGAUGAUGGAGCGAUUCAAUGCUGACACGAAAAUAUUUUGUUUUAUUCUGUCAACUAGAUCUGGUGGUGUUGGUGUGAACUUGACCGGUGCGGAUACGGUUAUAUUCUAUGAUUCUGACUGGAAUCCAACUAUGGACGCACAAGCUCAAGAUAGAUGUCAUCGAAUUGGGCAAACCCGGAAUGUCACAAUCUUUCGCCUGAUUUCGGAACGAACCAUUGAAGAGAACAUCUUACGCAAGGCUAAUCAAAAACGUCGGUUAGGUGAAAUGGCUAUAGAUGAAGCUGGUUUUACACCUGAAUUUUUUAAGCAGUCGGACAAUAUCCGGUUAGUUUCUCUUUUGGUUGAAUAUGAAUGUUGGUUUAUAUCGGCUUCAUUAUUUAGGGAUCUUUUCGAUGGUGAUGUCGAAAUAGGAGAUGUUAACACAGUUGAUGGACCAAGGAGCCAGAAAGAUGUGGAGAAGGCUAUGGCUUUGCUUGAAGAUGAACAAGAUGUCACAGCAGCACGGCUGGUCAUGGCCGAAAACAGAGCUGACAAGGCUGAAUUUGAUGAAUCAAAGAGUUUGGCAGCUGCUGAGAAUUCAGCCAAAGUCAUUCAGAGCUACUUGGAUAGUGAAGAACCACUUGAUGAGAAAUACAUUGAGCUUAUUGGACAGCUGAAACCAGUCGAACGUUAUGCCGUCAAUUUCCUGGAAGCUGAGUACAAACCAGAUUUCGAUGAAGAAGUACGGGAGGCACAGGCGUUGAUUGAACAGAAAAGAGAAGAAUGGGUUCGAGCUCACAACAAGGCUCUCUGCAAUGGCGAAACAGAUCCUCCUACCGUGGACGGUGAUUCGUUUAGCGUUGAUGACGACUUUUAUGGAGCAGGGAUCCUAUUAGAUGAGGUGCUCGCAUAUGAUCCUGAAUUCCUCAAUGAAAUCAUGCCGCUGAACAUUACGCAGACGUGGGCACCAUUUCCGACGCCACCGUUAUCGGAUUCUGAAAAUGAUGUCUACAUCGACGAUUGCCUCGACCUUCUUUAUGAUCCAGAUUUCAUGACCGAAGACCGUCUUCCACUGGAGAUUCAUGAACUACGCAGUUCACUCGACAAGCCACUAAGCCCACUGAAACGAAGUCCUCCUACACCUAUUCCACCAUCUAAUGCUCAACCGUCGUCGUCAGAUGCAGCUGUGAUGAGCCUUUUGCAAGCAUUUAAUAAUCCAACAUCUUAUACACCUCCACCGCCCUCACAUAGCCCUACUCCUUACUCUCCAGCUGAAUUUGACCAGUACAUGCAGGUUUCUGGCCCAGAUAAUCGGUUAUCGAAGAAAGAAAGGCGAGCACCACCAAGGCAGCUUGAACAGAAAGGGCGGGAAUUGGCGCGACCGAUCUCUCCGCCACCAGCAGUGCGAGAAGAACCGGAUUAUGAUGGACCUGAGUGGUGUAUCAUCGAGGACCAGGCUUUACUCACGGCUAUUCGAAAUGAAGAGAUUAUGUGUCAUAGUUUCGAGCGACUGAAGACAUCACUGCGCUACAACUGGGAGUACGUAUCUGGAUUUGUGAACAGAGUCACGAGAUUUUAUAGAUCUCCACGACAAUGCUCAAUUCGCUACCAGACGGUGGUUCGUCCACGGGAGAGUGGUCAACUGAUGGUCGUUGAUCCGUUAUCAAGAAGACCACGUAAGGUGCCGUUGACGUCCGCUGAAGUUGUGCAUUUGCGAAAAGGUCGGGUUACGACCGAUCUACAAUACAGUCAUGAUGCUGAAAGACUACGAGAAGCUGCGGUACUGGGCAAGCUUCGCCUCGUCGAUUCACUUACAGUUUGUCAGAACGAGUCCAAGGAACUACGACGAUCCAAUGACCCACGACCGCUUGAACUGAGUGGUCGCUUACCACCUGCGCAGGAAAGUCGCCUUUCCUUCCUAGGAGUACGAUACGCAACAGCUCAGUACCCCGAUGAAGUCGUAAACAGUCUGGAAGAGAAACGGAUAGCUCAAGAAGCGGCUAAAAAAAAGUUGGCUGAGCAGCAGGCUAAUAAUGAAAGACCGGUUUGUAACUAA